AUGACAAGUGAACAAAAAGAGAAAGAUAUCGCGUACGCGAUGAACCCUUACAAAUUGAUUUCUUGGCCCGUUGGUAUGUGGCCGCUGCAAGAUUAUAAUUUUUAUUCGCUAAUACGUUGUAUUCUUGGCGGUUCUUAUGCGAGCUUAAUCCUGAUGGUGCCUUGCAUGGAGCUAUAUAUGACCAGAGGGCAUAUAGAUACCAUAGAACAGAGCACAGACAGUCUGAUGUUAAUGUUGUGUGGAAUAAUCGGUAUGUCGAAGAUAAUAAUAUUCCGCAGAAAUGCUAAUAUUUUUAUUAAAAUUUACAAAUCUGCUGUAAACGAUUAUUUAACGAUUGACAACGCAAAAGAAAGGGCCAUUAUGCGAAAACAUGCUUAUAUAGGGAGGCUUGUUUUUUUUCCUGUACUAGCUUUUAGCUAUAUAUAUGUGUUUAAUAAUAUGGUAAAAUGUUUACUACACGCUUCAAUGGUUUAUGAUGAAACAAAUCAAAAUAUAACGAACAAGGACAUCUUCUUGGAAUAUCCGAUGCCAUCAAGACACAUUAUAGAAUAUUUUCAUGCAAAAAGCAUGUACAAAACUUUCAUCGUUAUCGAAUCUAUUAUAGUAGCGCUAUCCUGUAAUUCUAAUGUUGGUAACGAUUUCUUAUUUCUAAAUAUUACAUUGCACAUUUGUGGCCAAAUAAAAAUUCUAAGGGCUAAGUUUACUAAUUUUGAUGUCACACUCCCAAAAGUCUAUGAUCGUUUUAAUGCAUUGAUUGAACGACAAAAUUACUUAAUAAAAAUGACCAGAGAACUUGCCGAGCUAAUUAGUUUCAUUUUAUUGGUGCAGUUCUCUUUUACUAGUUUACUUAUAUGUGUAAUGGGAUUUCAGGUCAUAUUUGCGUUGAAAGUUAAUAAUACUGUUAUGGUAUUAAAGAGUUUAAUGGUAGUGAAUGCCUUAUUGACACAAUGUACAAUGUUUUGUUUUAUCGGAAAUUAUCUAAAAUCUGAAAUGGAAGAUAUAGGGUCUUCUGUUUAUCUAAGUGCUUGGUAUAAAUUACCUAGCAAAUUAACAAAAAACAUAAUAUUUAUUCUUAUGCAGACAAAAUGUCCAGUUUCGUAUCAGGCUGGAAAUUUCAUCGCAGUCAAUAUAGCAACUUAUCGGAGAGAUCAUCGCCCAUUGGCAUCAGUUAUAGUCAUUAUCUCGACAAUGGCAAAUGAACGAUGGAAGGACGAUAUCGCAUACGCAAUGACCCCUUUCAAAUUGAUCACGUGGCCUAUCGGAGUAUGGCCACUUCAAGUUUAUAACAUUUAUUCUUUAUUACGUUGUGUCUUAGGCACUUGUUGUGCGAGCCUAGUCGUGAUCUUGUCCUUCAUGGAAAUAUAUCUGGGCUGUACUGACGUUGAACAGAACAUAGACUGUCUGAUGUUAAUUUGUUGCGGAGUGCUCGGUGUGUUGAAGACGACACGAUUCCGCAUAUAUGCAAAUAGCUUAAUUAAUAAUUACAAAUCUGCUCUGAACGAUUAUUUAACGAUUGUCAACAGAAAAGAGCGUGAUAUUAUGCGAAAACAUGCUUUUAUAGGAAGAUAUCUUUGCUGUUCUAUGUUGUGCUUUUCUUACUUUAGCUGUCUAAUAUAUGCAAUAAUUCCUUUGAUGAAUUAUGACCAAGGUAAUCGGAAUGUAACAGACGAAGAUACGAUAUUGAUGUAUACAGUACCAUCAAGAUGUACUCUGGAAUAUUUUAAAUUUCCAAAGAGCAUAUAUAGAAUCACCAUACUCAUCGAAGAAUUUAUAAUGAUACUGACAACUACUGCUAAUCUAGGUAACGACGCGUUGUUUCUCAACAUUACAUUGCAUGUUUGUGGUCAAGUAAAUAUUCUGAGAAUCAAUUUCACCAAUUUUGAUGUUACAAGUCCGCAAAAAUACAAGCGUUUUAAUACGCUAAUUCAAAGACAUCAAUACCUGAUAAGGCUAGCCAGAGAACUAGCUGAUUUAAUUAGUUUCAUAUUAUUGAUAGAAUUAUUUAUUAUCAGCAUAUUAUUGUGUAUAAUGGGAUUUCAGUUCACCCUCGCGUUGAAAGUCAAUGACACCUUUAUGGUCGGAAAGAGUUUAAUGGUACUGAGUGCCUUCCUGUCACAACUAACGCUAUAUAGUGUAAUUGGAAAUUAUCUGAGAUCAGAAAUGGAAGAAAUAGGGCUCUCUAUUUAUCAAAGUACUUGGUAUAGUUAUCCUAAAGAAAUAACAAAAAACGUAAUCUAUAUUCUUAUGCAGACAAAAUCUCCAAUUGCAUUGGAGGCUGGAAAAUUUGUCAUAGUCAAUUUAUCAACUUAUAUGAGUAUUUUAAAAACCUCAUUUUCUUAUUUGUCUGUACUUCGUAUAAUGCUCGAAGUAUAAAA